AUGGCAGCGGCUUCAUCGGCAACGUCCUCGUCACCGCCCCAGAUAAAGGUCAAGAAAGAGCUCUGCUCCGACAACGACACGAUCAAGGAACUGGCUGAAACGGCCAUGAACGAUAUCCUCGGCUGGUACGGGUACGACAGUGUCGAUCGGCUGGAGCUGCCGGCCAACAGUUUGGCGUCUUCGUCGCGAGGAACGCACGACGAAGAACCACCGACGCCACGGUUGCAUGCGAACAGCGACGCGCUCAGCACGACGAUGACGUCCCCCGGCUCGCCGUCUUCGAAGCCCCACGCAACGGAUGGCUCAAACCUGCUGGCCAAAGCCAAACAUCAACAGCAGCAGCAGGUCCAGGCUCAGGUUGCGCACGGCGAAAGCUCCACGUCCGAGAAGGACAGCUCGAGGGAAAGUUCCAAGAGCCCGAUGAUGAUGAUGAAAAUACUGGACAAACCGGAGCAGAUUUGCCAGUGGUGCCGCAAGGUGAUCCCGGCGCACCAGACCGGCAUCCUCGGCACGACGGAAGGCAUGAUCUUCUGCACCGAGGCGUGCUUCUCGCAGUCGCGCCGGGCGUCCUUCAAGCGGGCCAAAACGUGCGACUGGUGCCGGCACGUGCGCCACGCCGUCAGCUACGUUGACUUCCAGGACGGCGCCUCGCAGCUGCAGUUCUGCUCGGACAAGUGUCUCAACCAGUACAAGAUGCAAAUCUUCUGCAACGAAACCCAGGCCCACCUGGAGAUGAAUCCGCACCUGAAGGAGAGGGGCUCGUCGGCGGGAAGUCUCAUAACGCCCGAGCUGUGGAUGAAAAACUGUAAAAGCUGCUCGAUGUCGCCGGUGUCCGAUCGGUCGGUGGACUCACUGUCGCCGGCCCCGUCCGAGUUACCGCUCCUUCGCUCCUCCUCACCGGAACCACCAUCUCCGACGCGUUUACCGGUGCCCAAAAAGCCGCUCAUUUCCGUCGCCCCGCCAUCGAAGCUGCUCUCGAAGACGCUCGCGACCGCGCUGAGCCGCUCUAGUCCGAAGGGUUCCCGCAAACGGCGACCCAGCCACCGACCGCAAGCAAUGAGCUCCAUCGCCGCCACCGCUGUUAGUUCCAAACGAGCAUCGGUCACCCUUCAAUCCGACCCCGCCGGCGUCGCCGCCGCUCGGGAUUCGGUCCUGGUCGGUAGCUUCAACAACAACAACAACAACGUGCCCAACAAUAAUCUGCGCUCUUCGUCCGGGAGUCCCGCGUCCGGGAUGAAACCGUGCCCCUCGUCGUCGUCGGUGGUCGUCAUGUCGCCCAACGUGCAGGAUCUGCGAAUGCUCGCGAAAAAGCACCCGGUGUUCGGUGACGGACGGGAGCCUCCGCUUGGAGGUGUCUUGGCAGGUCCACCUCCGCCCCAGUUUCUGGCGCCACCGUUGAAUCUCAUCCGGCCACCCGGGUUUUUCCCCCUGAAUCCGGCGCUGCGCUUUAACGGUGGUCCACCAGGCUUGGUGCCACCGAUGCCGCCACCGCCGAGUCCACUGCCGGGUGGUGGUCCGCCACCCGGCCACCGACCGCCACCGGCGCCCGGACUGCUUGGCUUCGGUGCUGCAGCUGCGGCCCCUCCCGUGACGAUUCUAGUCCCGUAUCCGAUCAUCGUGCCGGUGCCGCUACCCAUUCCCAUACCGAUACCUGUGAUAGACUUCCUGAAAGCCGCGCUACCGCCAUCCGACGACGCGAAGGCGUCACAGCAUGUAGAGACCGUGGCCCCGCAGAAGGAACCGGAAACCGGCGAGGACACCGUGGUGGACUCCGAUGGUCCGCUCGACUUUACCGUGACGGGCGUCGGAAAGGGUCAGGACGAACGAAGGACCCUUCCCGAUGCAGGUGCAGCGUUGUUAUUGGAACCGGAACCGGCGACGAUCGAAACGGAACCCCGUUCCGAUCCGGUGUUUCCCAGGUUUAAGCGCCUGGAGAUGGUGCGACAGGAUUCCGAGGGCAGCUCGGCGGAACGAACAGUGACGACGGUGGUGGCACCGCCACCGGAACCGGCUGUCAACGACGACGAGGAGGAAGACAUGGAACGGGAGCGUAAGGAACUGGUGGAGCGUAGCCGUCCGUUGCGGAAGCGAAAAAGGCUCGUGGUGCAGCAACAUUUGCAGAUCGAACCGCCGCGAUCCCAACAACAGCCCGGUGACCCGCUGCUGAUGGGUGACGGCGGCGUGGAGCAGGUUCCGGCCGAAGAGCAGUAGCGAGCAUAAAACGCCGGAAUACAAUUCCACCAUCUCGAGGUGCGGGCCCUGAUCCCUUCCCACCUCCGUUCGUUUGAGUCAUUCGGGCCAUACAGACUAGGAACAGACGCACAAGCUGUGCGCACAGUGUAUUGUUUGUUUUUAUUCACAAUAGCUAAUAUAUAACCACAUGGCAAGGCCCGUAAAUGCUAAAAAA